ACAAAAUAAAUUACUUUAGUGGACUAUCUAAUAAAAUGCCACCUAAAAGAAGGUUGUUGAGAGAAGAUAGCGAGUCUUCUGAAGAGUAUAGAUCAAAAAGGUUGCGAUCAGCAACUCUUAAGGAUGAGCCAGAAGAAGAUUUGGAUUUGAACUCGAUAGGUGUUUACAAAGAAAUUGUAGAUUAUUUAUGCACAAUUCUUGAUGAGAAUGACAGGCCUAUUUGUGAGAUGUUUAACAAACUUCCUUCUAAAGAUGCUUUGCCAGUGUAUUAUGACAUAAUAAGUGAACCCAUUGACUUUCAGACUAUUAAAAAAAAGAUCAAAACCCAGCAGUAUCUUACUAUUAAUGACUUGGAGGCAGAUAUAUUUCUCCUUAUAAAAAAUGCCCAUGCUUUUAAUGAAUCAAAGUCUCAAAUUUACAAGGAUGCAACACAGCUCAAAAAGUCUUAUUUGAAUAAAAAGUCUGAAUUAAGCAAAAUAGCUAUGAAAACUGGAAAGAAACCAAAAUUGAGUUCAAGGCAACUAUCUAUAGAAGCCGAAGACAAAACAGAAGAUGUUUCUAUUGUUGAGCAACUUAAAAGUCCUCUUUAUAAAAGUUUUGAAUCCACUCCUCAAGGUACACCUUCAAAAGAUGAUGGGUUGAUUGAUGAUUCAUACGAGCAUGAUACAUAUUCAAUUUUAUACAACAUGGUAGUAGCAUAUACAGAUCAAACUGGAAGGCGUUUAUCAGCACAUUUUGUUCGACUGCCACACAAAAGAGCUCAUCAAAGUUUUUAUGAGGUUGUUAAAAAUCCAAUAUCGCUAUGCAAAAUAAGAAGCAGAAUCAAGAUACAUUAUUACUCAGAUUUGAAAAUGAUAGAAAAUGAUUUCAAUUUGGUUUUCAGCAAUGCUCUUAAAUUUUAUCCUCCAGAUUCAAUUCAAUAUCAAGAUGCUCAUACCUUAAAUGCAUUUAUGCAUGAAAAAAUAAAAGAAAUGGAUCACUGUGAGGAAUAUCAGACAUUUCUAAAAACUGAAAGAACUGGAAGCAUUUCACAUAAGUUUAAAAGUGAGAGUUCUCCCAUAGUUACACCAUUGAAAAAGCGAGGUAGGCAACCUAAAGACGCUAGCAAAACUCUAAUAGAUGGUUUGAAGAUUUUUUCUGAUCAUGCUAAGAAAUUGUUUGACUUUAUUAUGGAAUAUAAGAAUUCCGAAGGUCGUUUUUUGUUUAAAAUGUUUCAUGUUUUACCUGAUAAAAAAGAGUUUGCAGAGUAUUAUGAAAUUAUUUCAAAACCUAUUGAUCUUAAAACGAUUGGGGAGAGAAUCAAUGCAAAUCAUUAUGUUUCUGAAUAUCAGUUAAUGAAAGAUUUCAACAUUUUGUUUAAAAAUGCUCGUAAAUUUAAUGAGGAGGGUUCUCAGAUUUAUAAUGACUCUAUUACAUUGGAAAAGGCGUUAAAAAAGAAGAUGCUUGAAUUUUUUCCAGAGGAAAAAGUAAUACCUCUAAAAAAUAUAAGAUUGAGUAACUCAUCUAUUGGGCAAUCAAAAGGUUUAUUUACAAACAAGUGUCACGAAUUGCUUUCCUAUGUGCAAGAAUUUAAAGAUGACUAUGGUAACAAGUUGUCAGCUGUAUUUGAAAAGCUACCUUCAAGAUUGGAAUACCCUGAUUAUUACCAACUCAUUAAAAGACCAAUUGAUCUCUCUUAUAUUAGUUCAAGAAUAAAUAAGUAUACAUCAAUUGAUGACCUCGAACAAGAUCUUAUGUUACUGUUUAACAAUGCAUGCCACUAUAAUGAACCGGAUUCACAAAUUUAUAAAGAUGCUAUUGUACUUCUCCGUGCCAUGAUUGCAAAGAAAAAUGAAAUUUCACCGGACUUAAAUACGUUUGUUCCUGAUGUUGCUGGACUUGUUCACAAGUUGUUGGAAUCUUUGUAUACAAGUGUAAUGCAGCACAAGGAUGAAGAAGGUCGUUGUUAUAGUGACUCUCUUGUUGAACAUAUUGUUAAAGAUGAUUCAAAAAAUGGAUAUCAGAGGAAACCUAUAUCUUUGAUUAUCAUUGGACAAUUACUACAAUUGAGAUUUUACAAGCGUCUUGAUCGGUUGCAAGAAGAUAUUUUUUUGAUUUUUAAUAAUGUUAGAAAAACAUGUAGCACUGAAACUGAGAUGUAUGAGGAUGCCUGCCAACUUCAAAUACAUUUUAUUAUAGAACGUGAUAGGUUGACAAAAGAUGGGUUACAUUUUCUGUCUCAAUCUGCAAUUAAUAUCACUUUAAAGAAAUUGCAACAUGAAAUUGAUGUAGAGCGUAAUGAGAAGCAAAUAAGCGAAAACCAAGAACACCUUGAUGAGUUAGAUGGCUUGGGUAAAGUGACCACAACAGGAUUAAAAGGAAUGAUGGCUUUAGAAGUACAACCAGAUGAGGAAACUCUGACUUAUGCAAACUCCAUUGUUUUUAAUGGAAUUAAUUAUUCAGUUGGAGAUUUUGUUUAUAUGAGUACAGAUGAAAACAAUAGACCCCCACAUAUUGUUUCUAUUGAAAAAAUAUGGAAACAAGAAAAUGGAUUAGAAGGAUUAUAUGGAAAUUGGUAUUUUCGACCAGAGGAUACAUUUCACUUAGCUUCAAGAAAAUUUAUGGAGCAGGAGGUGUUUAGAAAUCUGCAUUCAAGUUAUAUGACUUUUCAAAGAGUUAUAGGAAAGUGUUAUGUCAUGAAUGUUAAAGACUAUCCAAAGUACAGACCUGAAGGGUUUGAAGACAAAGAUGUAUUUGUAUAUGAAAGCAGAUAUAAUAUGAAGAUGAAAUCAUUUAAAAAAGUGAAGACAUUUCUACCACAUGCAGCUCAUGUGGUUCUUGUUGAACGUGAUCAGUUGUUAACUAUAAAACGUUUUUCAACCAUUACUCCAGAGAGUAGUCAAUUUUCACAAAGUGACAAAAGUGACAAAAGCAAUCAAGUUAUUGAGUCAACUGAUGGUUAUGAGCACCCUAAAGAAGAACAUUGUAAAACUGAAGUAUCUAGCCCCGACAGUGGUUGCACUUACUAUGAAAAGUAUGUCACUGAUACAGAUAGUUACAAAAUUGGUGAUGGUGUUUAUGUAAAAUGUGAUGAAGAUUAUUUGCUGAUGUCAAAAAUUGAUAAAAUAUGGACUGAUUCAAGUGGUACUCCAUACUUUCAAGGCAACUGGUACCUCACACCUGAAGAUACCAAACAUGUUCCAACUCAAUUGUUUUAUGAAAAAGAAUGCUUUGAAAGUACAGUGGAAUGUGUUGAAAUGCUUUCUCAAGUUGCAGGAAAAUGUGCGAUACUUAACUUGCGAGAUUAUCAGUUUUUGCGACCAACAGAAAUUGAUGAAAAGCAUGUAUACAUAUGUAGUGCUAUAUAUAUUGAAGAAGAAAUGAAAUUCAGAAGAAGAACAAAAGGAUUUAAGAGAGCAAUUCUUCCUGCUAAUGUUCGUGAUGAUGAACUGUGGUACUUUGAUGAAAGCAUUAAUCCGAACAGACGACCUUCUCUAUGGUUGAUGCCUUGGGGAGAGCAAGAUAUUGCAGUUCCUGAACAAAAAGCAGAGGAGUCUGGAUAUAGCCUCAUGAAAAAAGAAUAUACAUCAUUACUAAUGAAAGAAAACUUUUCUCUGGAUGAAGCUGAGGCUAAAGCUUUGGAAAAGUGGAAUGGCAUGUCAAACGAAGAAAAAAAUGAUUACAAGUUGCGUCAGAAAAACCUGUUGGCCUCUACGUUAUAUAUUUAUGAGUGUGGUUGGGGCAUUUGUGACUAUCAAUUUGAAGAAAAAUCUGAUCUCAUUGUGCAUGUUAUGGAAGGAGCUCAUCUUUCUAAAAAAGGUUUACGAAUGCAAUAUGGUUGUCUAUGGAGAGGCUGUUUGCGCAAAAUAAAUAAUCUGCCAGCUUUUUCAACUCACUCAAGAUUGCUGCAUCACAUACGCGAGGUUCACUUCAAAAAUGCUGGUAAAAGAAUAUGUCGCAAUGAAAAAUCUAGGUCCUUUUUUCUUCGUUAUCAAUCUUGUGACCAAGAUACAAAAGAAAGCAGUGGGGAUGAAUCUUCUACAUCUUCUAGUUCUUCUCUUUCUCCUGUCAAUAUAAAAACCUCCCCAAAGUUUCCGCAAGUUAAUUUAUCUAUAAACAAUCCUGUUAUUAAAUCUCCAGUUGCAACUGAAUUGGCACCUUCUUCUUUUUCUAAGGUGAACAUCUCGAAGCCUGCUGUUCAAGCUUACAAUCAACUUCGUGCACAAGCAACAAAUAUAUCUCAACAAUCUAUUAUGAAUCCAGUUAUAAAUCCAGUUUCCUCGCAAAUUUUGCCUCAAGUCCCCUCGCACCAACAAAUCCCAUUACACCAACCGAUUCCAAUGCAUCAGCAAGGAUUAGGCAUGUCUGUCGAACAGCAGCAAAUGUUAUUUAUGCAAGUUCAACGACAACAGCAGCAAAUUCAGCAACUUGAAGAAAAAAUUGCUCAACUUCAAAAUGGUAAAGAUGAUGUUGUUUUUGUCUCACCACCGGAGAGCUCUUUAAAAUUGCGUCAUUCGGAGAUAUAUGUAAGAUACAUUGAAGGGCUUCGUGAUAAUAGAAACCAACUUAGUAACUGGAGUGAACUUGCUAAUGAAAACCAUCCUCUACCUUCUGCUCAAUUACCCACACACUGGUUUACUAGUAGUUGUGAAAAUAUCCACCAGGCUUUAUGGCAACUUCGUGAUAGAAUGUUAAGAGAUGCAGCUGCAUUGUCCAAAAUUAUUUAAAAUAGACCUUAAUUAUUUAUUAGUUAUAUAAUUAAUUUUA